AUGGCGUGGAGACAGCUGAAAAAGCGGGUCCAGGAUGCUGUGGCCAUUCUGGGGGGUGGAGGACUUCUCUUUGCCUCCUACCUGACAGCCACGGGGGAUGAGCAUUUUUAUGCCGAAUACCUGAUGCCAGCUCUGCAGAGGUUGCUGGACCCAGAGUCAGCCCACAGACUGGCUGUUCGCUUUACCUCCUUGGGAAUUCUUCCUCGAGCCACAUUCCAAGACUCUGACAUGCUGGAAGUGAGAGUUCUGGGCCAUAAAUUCCGAAAUCCAGUAGGGAUUGCUGCAGGAUUUGACAAGAAUGGGGAAGCUGUGGAUGGACUUUAUAAGAUGGGCUUUGGUUUUGUUGAGAUAGGAAGUGUGACUCCAAAGCCUCAGGAAGGAAACCCCAGGCCCAGAGUCUUCCGCCUCACUGAGGACCAAGCUGUCAUUAACAGAUACGGAUUUAACAGUCAGGGGCUCUCGGUGGUGGAACACAGGUUACGGGCCCGACAGCAGAAGCAGGCCAAGCUCACAGAAGGUAAAGUGGAGUUGCAGUAGGGGGCUUCUU